AAAUACAUACACAUAUACACGCAUAUAUGAUGUAAACAUCUAAGCGCGGGAGAUUUGAAAAGCGUUUGAAAUGACGUCAUCGAAUGAUUUAGUCGAUAUACACGUUGUACUGGGAUAAUGAGAUUCUCGAAUGAAAUCGAAAGUUUUUCGAUAACUCCUCGACGAUCGUAGAAUUGUGAAAGUAUUAAUAUCGAUCCCGCCUACGAAUCAACGUCAAUCACAACGAUCCUCCAUUCAUGACGGGAGAGGAGAACGUAGUAGCUGUUUUUUUUUCGCGUGCCGCAAAUCGAAUUGCCUUAUGUCAGGGGAAAGCCAAGGUAGGUGAGGGAUAAUGACUCGCAGGUGUUUCUUACGAAAGAGCGAGCUCGAUUGAAAGCCAACCGCUGCUGUUAUACCUAGGUACAUAUGUAUUAUGUGCAUAUAAUAAAUUAUACGUACACGCGUCGCUAAUGUCUCGCGAAACUUUCGACGAAUUAAAGAACGCCUUCUCAUAGAAUCUAUGCUUCAUCGUCCGGGAACGAGAGCCAACUUUCAUUUAUGAAAAAAGAACUAUUAUAAUUACGACGCGUCGCGUCGAAUUAAAAAAACAGAAAAACUUCUUGAAGAAACUUUCGUACAUGUUCGUACAUAAUUAAUCAUUAAUGAUAGAAUUUUUCAAACGCGUAUGUACAUAUAUAUAUAUAUAUAUAUAUAUAUAAUAUUGAAUACGAAAUCGCACGACAUUCGUCGAUCAUAAAUUCUUCGCGAUAUUCAUUCUCCGUUCGACCGAAGAGAGAGAGAGAGAGAGAGAGAGAGAGAGAGAGAGGGAGAGGGGCGGGGAGAGAAAGAGUGAAUCGGCACGUGAUAAAAGCCAACAAUGACGAACGGCGCAUCGCAUGUUAUCGGAAGGUGUACGUCUAAUGUCCGUUUUACGUAAGAAGGAAAGAUGUUUCUCUUUCGUAUACCUUUCAGGGAACGUCCGCUUUGGAUUCGCGAUAAAAUGUAUCUCGAAGCGCGAUAGCGGUAAGAUUUUCUAUCGUGAAUCCCACCGAAUGCCGAAGCGUAUACACCGAAGCUUGGUGUCCGUUAUACGUGCGACUGAAAUGCUUUCCAAGAUUUACGAUCGACGGGAGAACUCCUUCCUUCGAGAGGGCAUUCGUCGUGACGCAAUUACGCUCGGGCGUAAAGAUAUCUCAAGGAAUAGGAACGGCGAUUCUACUUUUCCGACGAAAGGAACUUGAUCGAUUCGUAGAUCGAGCUAGAUCAUUAAAUUUUCUAUUUCGAUUUGUUCGAAAUAGCUUGCGCUUUGAUAUCAUCUACUUCGAUAUUAGAUAGGAUUAAUUUUGAAUCGGAUGAUAGAAAUAAUUGAAUAAAGAUUACGAGCGUUAGGAAUAGCGCUCGGAAAAAUGCAUCGAUUUCACGUAGGACAAUGGGUUAGACUUUCUCUUCUCGGGAAGAGAAUCAUUGUCGGUUUCGUAAUCGACGCAAGAGAAUCUCCGUUUCCGUUGGUUCCCGCGAAAGGAUUCCUGGAGGAUCAUCGCCUUCCUCCUUCCUUUUCAAGUGUCUAAUCGAGCCUAAAGGCGAAGCAACACGAGUUUCGCCGCAGGCAUAGGUCGACCUAAAUCCCGAGGGCGACGACGAUUGGCCGAGCGACCGUUUGACCUCGAACGACUAUCCGCUUCGAAACUGCACCGGAGAAGUUUGCAAGCAACGUACCGAUUAACUAGUUCACAAGUGCAGAGAAAGAAGAAACCGAAAAUGCUAAAAAGAAAAUAAAAUAAAAUUUCGAUGUCGAAAAGAAACGAAUAUAGGAUGAUCUCUUGGAAAAUUGUCCUGACACUGCAAAAAAAUGGUAACUACUCGCAUUGCUAUUAUUGAUGCAUUUAAUGAGAAUUCGUUUUACGUUGGAAAAGAAACGGUUGGUUCGGUUCGUAUCGAACAAAUAGAUGAGAAUCACGCCAUUUAUUCACGGUAUACGAUUACUACCCACUGGCGACUACUUCCUCCGUUAGUCUCAUUUCGCACGAACUAUUUCGUCCAUUGUUCACAAAGUGAAUUCAGUCACGAUGACACGAAACUAUUGCGACGACUCAUUCCAAUUACACCGUAUCGAUAUAAUAUGUCUGUUAGUAUCGACUUUGUAUGUUCUCCGGCUAAUUUCUGUCUAUGAAGAAAAAUCAAAGAAUUUGCGCACUUUAAUAAAGAAAAAAUAAGAAAGAUUAUUGGUUCGUUGGUAGAACUUUACGUUACUCGAUCGUUAAAUCUAGAAAGAUUUCUUUUUUAAGCCAAUAAACGUCGAUUCUCAUCGAUCGAAAAGUAAAAAGAUAUUAGCUCGAAUUUAAUGCGCUUAUCGACUUUAAAGCGUCGUCGCGUCGCGUUCCCUGACGAAAAAAAAAAAAAGAAAAAUAAUAAAAAUAGAAAGAAACGUUCCGCCUCUGCCGUUGUCGUGGACUUCGUUCUCAUUGCUGUAGCGUUCCUAAGCCUUAUUAUUUCCAGUUAGCGUGGCAACACUUUCGAUGAGCGCAUCGUUCAACGCCGAUCGAUCGGCCUGUUACGGUCUUCCAAGCCGAGCCAACGUUAAGAUAAUUGACUCGUAAAGUCGAAGAAAUGCCUUUCGAGAUUGUCACUUUACUCUUCUCUUAUCUUCUUCGUAUUCUCUCUCUCUCUCUCUCUCUCCCUAUUUUCUAUUUGGCUUAGCGUCGUUUUUCCGACUGGACUAGAUCCGGACAAGAUCGAUGAAAAUUACUCCAAGAGUAAAUACGUUUGAAUGCAUGAGAGCACAAAUUACAUCUCACCUUCCAACAUCGAAUAAUAAUCGAAAGGAUAAUUGCACCAGGCGUGAACGCGUCUGCCGAGAAAUCCAAGAGGAUUUCGUAACGACGAUGAUGCGGAUAUUUCUAGAUUAAAGGCAAGGCGUCAAGAGAGAGAGAGAGAGAGAGAUAAAGAGAUAUCGAUCGAUCUAUUGAUCCGAUUAACCGCAUCGGAAAAAGCGCAUCUUCUUCUUCGAAGCGCUCUUCUAGAUUAAUUAGUCCCGUCCCUUAUAAGGAUACCUACUCGUCAUAGGCGAGAUCGAUGAAAGAUUCAUGCGAAUGCAAGUAGGUACCGUUUCUUGAGAAACGAGUGGAAAAUCCGGAAAAAAGAAAAGAGAUAAGGGACAAGCGUAAACACCGAGCCGAGGUUAAAGAGACGACUCGAUGUCGAUCGAACGGUCGCGACCUAGUUUCCAGGUUCGAUUAUAUAGCCUCUUCCCCACCUUCGUACUACCAGGAAUCGGUACUAUGGAAUUUUCAACUCGUAAAAACACACACGCGCACAAGCUUCCAUGGAAUGUGUCCCUCGACACAAUGGCCAACUUUGAUGCCUCGUUGAGAUUAUUCUCGCGCGCGAAUAUUUCCUUUCUUUCUAAAGAAAAAUGUUAACUUCGACUUAAUAUCGAGAAUUAGUAAUUAUCGACAAAGAGAGAGAGAGAGAGAAUAUGAGCUCGCGUGAUUCUAUUGUCCUCGAAACAGUCGCAUCCGAGAUAGGACGAUGAAAUGUGAGAUAGACGGAUGCGUCAAAGAUUCUUCAUCGUGGAAAAUGUUCUCUCCCGGAGAGAAUUAUUUCUGCAAGAACAAUUUCCAAUCCUUCUUAAUAACCAAUGUCGAUUUCGCUCGGGUUUCUAUUCUAUUACUUCUAAUAAUUUUAAUACGAUUUAACUUUUACGACUAUUCUUUAUCUUGCAUAAGUAUCCGUAAAAGUAGAGUUUCGUCAUAUCAUUGAUCCUUCCGCAAAUAAGCAUGGUGCAUAGACUCGAUCACUUUUUACGAUAGACCGAGUUGUAAAACUUUGCGAACGAUAUUAUAUAGUUCCAGGCUAUAUCCUUUGAAAGAGCUAAGAAAUCGAUCGUGGUCUAAAUUCGUCUCACCUUGGUGGAUAUCGAGUUAUCGGCACAUUUUCGACUUUAGGUAGUCUAAUUAUUAUUGAAACUUUUAAAUUAUCGCUUGCUGAGUAAGAUGAAAUCGACGAAUAAUAGUUUUUCCUCGUUAAAAAUAGCUUCAUUUUAAAAACAAAUUGCGGGAGAAAAAUUUAAAAAUUUUCGAUAUCCUUCGAAAGGAUAUGCCGGAUCGUAAAUAGAGAUAAGUGCGUGGACGUUCUACGUUCUCGAUGAAAGGAAGGCACAGACGCACGAUCUCUCACGUAAAGUAUAAACAACUUACGUAAGUCCGAUAUGAUUAUGCGAUUGAUUAUCAUCGAAUAAUAGAAAGCGUAAAAGACAACGACCGAAAAGUUGUUUGUUACUUACCUCUUAAAAAACAUACGUAUACGUUCAAUGGAGAACGACAUAACAUGAUGAAUGAAACAUAAUUUCUACUCUAUUGUUUAUUUGAUACAUUUACUAUCGGACGUUAAUUGUAUUCAAUAAGAAAGAAUUUAAUGAUAUGUAGAUUUACAUGACCGUAAAUUAUUAGCUCUUCUACGCGCGUUUAAAUUUAUUCGAAUACAAAAGAAGGGAACUUGCGAUUCGAGUAUGACACCAAGAUCGUAGAGCGAAUAGGUACGUUUAGGGUAGAGAGAAUAAACGAUGUCGUCCUUAUCUCGAAUGGUUUGUUCGAUAUCGUUUAUCGAAAGGGGUAGAUUGUAAGCAAUAAGUCUCACGGGAGAACGAUCGCGUUCCCUCCUCUUUCUCUUCCUCCUCUUCUCUCUUUUGCACUCCUCGGUUGUUUCCUACGUGAACGACUAAAUAAACAGAGUGAUAUACGCGGGAGGGUGGAAGCCUUUCGAGAGACCGAGCGUGUUACUAAAUUUGGAACAAGGCUCAUACCCAACGGCGUACGUUCCCGUGCACGGGGUGGUGCGACGAGUGUGUGCAAGCGGAGCGACCUAAAUACGAAGGGAACGACGAGCGUGGACGAUGCCGGGUCACUUCCAUGAAGCGGCAGGACCGAAAUAGUUCUUCUUUGUUCGCGUGAUCGCCGCUUCUGCGAACGUUCUUCCAUGUAUCGCGAGAAAGUCAGCAGCUUCCUCUCGUUAACGAUUCUUCCAACGAGAAUGAAAGAGCUGCUGAUAUCUAUCUGAGACGGUCCGUUGAUUCUUUGUUCGUACGAUUGAUUUAUCGUUGGUAACCAAACACGCGUAAACUUGACUCGCCCAAUAGCUUCCUUCGCUUUUCUAUUCAUCAUUUUUUACCUCAUUUCUUUCUUCCGUUAUAACAAUAUUCUGCAACAUUUAACAAGUGCAACGAUAUUAUGAUUUCUAUGCUUCUACGAAUUCAUUGUCAUUGUCUCACGAUCUUAUAAUUUGCAAGUAUUGUAUCGUACUCGAACGCUAACCAUCGAAUACCAAUAGUUUAUUGCAUGUCUCUGAUGUUUUAGCCCUUUCUCGCGUCCUUGACCGAGAGAAACAGCUAUGAAUGGACGGAGAAAAAGUUGGAGAAUGCGGACCCAUUGAAACGCAUCGUUAUAAUCAGAUGCACAUCUCGCAGGAUUGCAACAUGUUACAAGUGAAUAUAUAUAUAUAUAUAUAUAUAUAUAUAUAUAUAUAUAUAUAUACAUGUAUAUGAGCACGCACACACACGUGCGUAAGUAGGCUCUCGGACCUUGUCCGUCGUCGCAAUUCGCUACGAGAGGAACGCAUUGUUUCCAAGACAGUGUCCCCUUCUUCCAAUAUGCAGCUCGUAAUCGUAAAUCAAACGCCUAUGCUCGCUCUUCUAGCGUAACCUGUUUGAGAUUGGGUAACGAAAGUUUCUGCGAUUGAAUCACUGUCACGUCUGCCGAGCACUUAACCCUGGAGCAAUGACGCAUGAAUGAAAAUCGCAAAGACUAGAACGUUUAAGCUUGCACUCUCUACAAUUUAUAUAUCGAUACAGAUUUAGAACGACGAUACUCUUAUAUAGCUAUAAUUGACGACGCUGAUGAAAUUGACAUCCAAGUCGACGUACGAGUUAUUCCGCAAGUUUUAAAACAAAAUUAUAGCAAGUUCUCGUGUCGCACGAAUGUUUUAAUUAUCUAAAUGCAAAUCCAAGAAUCGUCGAGUCCGAGUACCAUAUAUCGACCUUUCGAACGAAAUAGAACGUAUUUACCGAGAUGACUCAUCGUAAAAUUGAACGGAUUUGAGCCGAGUUUACGUAGCAAUCGUAUAGCCACGACCGAUAGCGAAGAAAUCGUGCUAGCAACGUAAACUCGAGAUUAAAUCGAAUCUAGGCUUUGCAAAGUAAGGAGAGCGCGUCCUACGUUAUUUCUCAGCACCGUACUUAAAUAAAAAAAGAAUGAAUCUUUCGACGACCAAGACGGCGACAUUCGUGGUGGAACCACAUAGCUUUCUUCGACCGCUCGGUCACGUGUUCCAAGGUGAAAUCGCGACGAACAGCCGGCGAACCCGUUUUCUCUACAUACACGCGCCUACGUGUUUACGUUGCCUUUAACAUAUGCGAAGAAACACGCAAAUGACGAAUCUUUGGCAAAACAAGCGAACGAGCCUGGAAUAUAGUAACAAUGACGAUGACAACACAUCCGGUUCUUUUUCCUGGCGAGAGAGAGAGAGAGAGAGAGAGAGAGAGAGAGAGAGAGAACGAAUCCAUUCGUCUUCCACGCUUCUUUCUUUCUUAAAAAAUACGAACCUACCGCGAGCGAGCGUCGCGCCACUUGCGAUUGUGCAUUCGUUCGUUUUAACGUGAAAUUUAACGAUUUUCAAAGAAACCAUCGGAAUUAGAGUCGUGACAUUUGUAAAUAUGUAUUUGCCAUUAAAAAUUAAUGAAUGAUAUCCAUUACCAUUAAUUUUCAUAAUUCGAGAUUCUAAUCGUGAAUAUAAUAAAAUUCUAUAUCCCAUAACAUUGUUAUAUUUUUAUCCGUGGAUACAUCGUAGGCAUGCUGGAAACGAUGGCUCGAGAUCGUAUCGAAGCGUCCUCGUCUCGACGAGGCUAAACGAUCGCGAGUCAAAGCUCAACGAGCGCGCAUCAAUUUCGAAUAAAUUUGUCGCUAGGGAAACAAAGGAAGGACCAUGAAAACUCGACGAGUUGACUCUUCGUACUAGAUAUUAUAUCGCGUACAUAUAAAAUAUUUAUAUGCAAGAAGAUCUGGUUGCGUACCAGCAGAAUUACACGGUCCGCUCGUGCUACUAGCAGCGACGAAGAGCGUGGACACGCGCGAGCAACCACAUUAGGCGUGUGCUGCGUUAGCACGUGGCUCGUUCCGUUGGCAGUUGAAUUACGUAAGCUCUCUGAGCCAGCUGAGGACAAUGUCAAGGCUGAAAAUCGCACUGCCGUGCACUGUUUCCGUCUCUUUCUCUUACGUGCACCCUUUCGUUUAUCGAUCUCUCUUCGACGAUAAAGCGAGCGGGGGGAUACGUUAGGCUUCGUUUCUUCGUUCCGAUAACGCGAGAAACACAAAGAUGCUGGUUAAAUGAUUUCAAGGACGAAACUAGCACGACUACUCGUUGUUUCACCGUUCGUGCCAAGAACCCCUUUCUAGAUCCGAUAGGCACGUAUUCGAAGCUACUUUUUUACGAUUUCUUUGAUAUAUAUAUAAGCAUUUUAUAUAUAUAUAUAUAUAUAUAGGUAGAUACGUCAUUACUUCUGGCUCGUAGACGCGUUAAAGAGAUUUUCUUACUAAUAGUCUCGACAACGACGCUGACGCUAUGACACGAUCUCAAAGACCGGACGUAGGCUGAUUUUCGCAGGAUUCUAGGUGUCGCCGUUGGCACGGAGUACCGUUAGAUGUAAUUGCGUAAACGCGGAGGCUUCCCAUGUACGCCUACGUUGACGUGCCCGAAGAUAACACGCGAACGUAAGUAGCUCGGCUGUAAGACGAUUUCUAAGGUCUCCUCGAUUCCAUCGUAAACUCGAAAGCUACUUUACGAGAGAAAAGGAAAAUCUUGCUCUUUAAUCUCCAUCUGUUUCGCUUUUCUUACGACUUUGAAAAACAAAACAAAACAAAACAAAAGAAAAAAGAAAAGAAAAAAAGAAAAAGAAAAGAGGAAAGAUAAAAAAGGUUGAAAUUUCUCGAUCGUUCGUUGUUAGUUGGGAAACUAACGACGUACUACCUGCGUAUACAUGUGUUUAAUAUCGUUAUUUUGUUACAUCAACGAGUUCAGGAUACGUGCACGUGACAAACCUGUUUGCACGCGUCAGGAAAGUUCUCGAAUAUAAUUGUAAGCUGAUGUUCGUGUCACGAGAAAUAUGCGAAUCAUAUAUCGUCGAACUACAUAUUAUCACGAAAUUUAAAAUUUAUGUCGCUCGUCGAAAGCAAAACGUUCGUAUCGAGGGUAAACACGAUUCUCUUUUUCCUUUCAUCUCCAUCCAUCUCUUUCGCUUUUCUAUUCCUUUAGCAGGCCUGCAGCUGUCGCGAUCUUAUCGGUGUUAUUUUUAAUGACAUCACUCCUCCACGAUCGAAGACCGAGAGAACGUAUCCUUGAGCUCACACAACGAGUGUAAGAGUAAAGAGAGCGUUCUUGUUUUCUUCCAUGGUGCCACUGUGUCUGCUAGAAACGUUCUUAUCUAUCGGUGAUUAGCGUUCGCAAAAAAAGAAAAAGAAAAUCCGCCAUUCGACGUAAGCUUUGAUCGUACGAGUCCACGUCGAGACGAUCGACGUUUGUAAGAAAUCUCGAAGGUCAAAUUGAUAUCGGUGAGACGCGAAAUCUGAGAUCGAGAUUGGUCAGGCUUCUUAAUGCGUUCCAUUGUUCGAAUCGAUCUUAUAUAAUUCCGCAUUCAUCUAAUAUUUUUUCCCAAUAUUAUUCUAAAUAAAAUAUAUGUAUAUAUAUAUAUAUAUAUAUAUGUGUGUGUGUGUGUGUGUGUGUGUAUAGUAAGGAUUAACAUUCGUACUCUUUUAUUAAUGUUAAGACAUGAAUUGAACAAAGUUUGCAAAACACCGUUGACUCUUGUAACGCGGUAAGCGCGUUAAAUGCAACGAUAAAAGACAAAGAAUCUAUGUUUGCACACGCUUUACGCGUAUGUAUUUUCCUUUAAUAUCUUUUCCAUCGCAUAUUUGUAGGAGGAACAAAGCGUGCUCUUGUUUACGCUCGAGUAAAUAUCCACCUGCGAGAGGCGAGAUUGCUAUUUCGAAUGGCGGAUAUUUCCGUCGUAAAGCGUGCUACUCCGAACGAAAGGAGACUAUUUUCGUUAGGAGAAAUUUAUCGUUGUGGCCGCGACGAAAGUGUAUAUCUAUUUCGAAAUAUUUGCAGAUAGAUUCGAAGAGGCGAAUCGAACCGACGAUAUCACGAAUGUGCCUUUCUCUUCGUCCUUAUCGUUCUUCAAAGUAUACAACUAACACAGAACGAUUCUUAACAGUUGCUUUCAAUAAACGUAGCGAUAAGAAUUGCAAUCCGUACUAUUACAAGUCGGUUCCUCUUCGCGUGCGUGCUCGUCUCUAUUCGCAGUUACGUAAAUUCAAUCUCCGGCUUUUCGCGCGUGCGCGGAAAAGGCAAAAGGUGACUGUGUGUGUUUGUGUGUGCGCGCGUAUAAGAGAUAGGUGGUAAUACAAGCAAAGCCCAUUUUACGAAAGGAAUUCGUCUCUUUUUUAUAUGCCGAAAGCAAAAUACAUAUGAUCCGAUAUAUGUACCUACGUAUAAUAUUUUUCUUUUGGUCUUCUGGAUUUCACGAGAUCGCAAAAGAUACUCCGUCGUUGUAAAUAGAACAAAAAAGAAAAGAAACUUAUUUGCACGAGGACGCGUCUUAAACAUUGACGUAAGUAGAGAAGAGAAAGAGCAUUAUAUGAUCCUACGUAGUACUUUUACGAUGUGAAAUCAUCUUUGUAGGUGCAAAUGUGAGAUAAUUUAUGAACGAAAACCGAACGAUCGUAAUCGAUUCUCGCAGGACGUUUCCGCGUUUCGCGGCGCAAGAAAAUGGAGGAAUUCGUCCUAGUCGUAUCGCAAUCGUCGAAAGCGUCGAAGAAAAUGGUCGACACUUUGUUCGUCGAUGCGUAUGCGCGUGGUAUAUAUCUCUAUGUAUAGUAUUUAUGCACGUAGACGGGUUUGCGAGUAUGUAGGAAAUACGCUGCCGAGAGUUACGUAAACUCUCGAUACUUGGAGCGCGCGAAGAAGCGAGCAGUUCUACCAGCUGACUGACUCGUUCUCUUUGCCUCGAGGCCACUUUCCAGACGAGUCUGAGGAAGGUAACCGAUUCUUACCUGGCAAUACGUCGAUGAUAUAAUCGAUUUCGCGUACGUACUUAUCGAUCGCAAUGAUCUAAUUAACACCCGAGUUCUUUCCGUUUGUAUGAUAAAAAUGAAGAAAAAACAAGGAAAAAAAAGAAAGAAAAAAACAAAGAAAAGAAGAAGAGGAAUAGGACAGAGCGAGUUUGAAAAAAAGAAAAAAAAUAUUAAUAGCUAAUAAUAUCUGAGAUUAUCAUAAAGGAGUAGCGAAAAAUCCUAUCACGUUGAUCGAUCCUGAAACUUUCUCUUCUUUUUUAGAGAAAGACUCUAAAGACUCUAAGACCUCUCAAGACGGUCGCUUGAAAGGAAAACUUUUAAAAGAAUCGAAGAGGAUCAGUUUAUUGGGAGUAGGUACCUACUCGUUCGAUUCUCUCGCGGGUCGAUCAUCCCGGACGAAAAUAAACGAACGCCUCGAAUCUUUGCCAACUGUACCCUCAAGAGAUUAAGGCCGUUGUCUCCUACACGAGAAACAUUCUAACAGCUGUAAUUCGGCUGGUCGAGUGGACGAAGAGGAGAAAGAUUUGUGGAAAUACACCGGACGUCCCGGCGUCGUCGUCGAAUUCGAUAUCUGCAAUAAUCUAUAUAAUAAGCUCUAUAUACGCAAAGAUUUAUAUGCAUAACUACAUAAAUCAGAAUCAUCGAUAUCGCAGACCCAGUUAGACUCUCUAGGAUAAAUCGUUCAACGUUAUAGAUCGUAUCAGAGAUUUCCUUUUGUACAAAGACGUCCUGAAAAACGGACAGAAAUAGUAAUCUACCCGAAUGCACCGCACUCGAUUUAAUUGACUGUCAUCGAACAAGCUUUUCCUUGUGUACGGUGUAAAAGAAGCUCGUAGAUUCGUAGAUAGGAGCAAUCAGAGCGAGAAAGAACAUCGGAAAAACAACUUAUCUUAGCAUCUUUCCAAUUAGUACGAAUUAGUCACGCUAAAUACAGAGAUUUCGAUCUAACAACGGAGUAUCAUGAAAUUUUCAAUACAAAAGAGGAAAAUCUCUCCUUAUGUAAAACCAUUUUUCUCUGUCAUUUCUCAUGCGAUCCUACCAAAAAAUCUAUCAGGAACGAUCGAGGCGUGCAUUCGCAAACCAUUUCGAACGUCCCAAUGCUCGCUAGUCAUGCAACGUAGCUGGAAAAUUCCGCUCGCAGCGAUGUUUCAAAACUGAUUCGCUUGGAGUUACGAAACAUGUCGUUUGUUGCAAUAACGAUUGAAAGAUUAUACUCGUUGCGAACGAUCGGCCAAUUCGGAAAUUUUCUUCAUCGUUCUAAGUAUUCUCUUAUAAAAAGUAAGAGAAAAAUACCUCUGGGCUAAACGAAGAAGAAAAUUAUCAUUGUCUGGCUGUGAUAUGUCGAGGUAUAAGAGUAAAUUUGUUAAAUUUUGCAGAAAAUAAAAAAUGAAAAGGAUAAAUGAGAGUAAAGAGAAAGAAACUAAUAGCCUUCGCAUUCGAAGCACAUACGUGAUUUAUGCCCGAAAGAAAGGCAGACAAUAGGAAAAUAUUAUUCUGGCGAGUUAGAACGAGGGAAUCGAUUGUAGUAGGUCGAAGCAGGCGAUUUCAUGAUUAUGCGCUAAAAAACAAAAUCGUGUAAUUACACGCGUCAACGUCGUACGAACACGCUUCUCUCUCUCUCUCUCUCUCUCUCUCUCUCUCUCUAUGUCUACAAUCAUCCUCCUACUUUGGAAGGUACGCUUGCGACAAAAGAUAUCGGCUAAUGUCGCUCGGGUCUAUCUUUGGUCUCGUUAUCGAGCACUCUUAAUAUAGUCACUAUCAUUUAUUAUAAAGUGGAACAGAUCCAAGUAGCGUAUUCAUAAAAAUAUUAACUCGUGUACAAGGGAAAACGUUCAGGAAGAAGGAGAACAAACUUGAUAAACAUGAUCGAUUAAAAAAUAUUUCUUACUGAUCGUCUAUCGACGAACAGAAAAAGCUGAGCCGAUCCCAUUUAUGAUAAAUUUUUAAAUGCGAACGAAAGGAACGUUAGAUACAAGUAACUUCAAUUACGUUUACACACUUUGCCCUGUAUAUGGGUACGUAUACGGAUAUGAACACAGAGUCUAAUUUAAUAGCACAGAGGUGCGCGGCUUCGUUGGUUUCGAUCUGUACGCUUACUUUCUCCAAGCCGAUAAGAAAUACGAAUGUGUUCGUCCAUCGAGUUCGAACAUCGUGCUAGUUACCCUAAGAUGUUUUCCAUCCUAUGCCGAGAUAGGUGAAAUAUCAAAGAUACUUAAUCGCGAGGAACGCGUGCUCUCUCGAGAUCCGUGCCAAUUUCCGGUCAUUGGACAAGAAGCACGAAUCCCUCGAUGUUAUGUAUAUAAACGCUAUUCGAUAUUAGAAAGUGAUCGGGUCUUUUCCGGACGCGAGUUAACUACUCGUUGGCUGGCCCGGGAGCGCAGCCGGGCGUGCCGAGAACCAAGCCGAGCCGAGCCGAUCGAUAAUCCGCAAGGAAGAGGAUGGGGCUCGGAGCGUGAGCGUGCAUACUACUAUCUUUUUUCUGCUCGUUAGUUAGAAUGCCCGAAGAGAGUCGGGGGUGGACCUUGUCGAUAGCGGCUUUAAACGCGACAAUGGAUAAACAUUUAUACAAGAAUAUUCACGUUGUACCGAUUAUUCUUGUCGUUCUCACGUAUCCUAUCUUGAAAUUUAUCGAAACGAUAAAAUGAAAUAAAAUGGCAGAGAUAAUAGGACUAAUGUUUUAUAAUAGAAAAAAUUCGAGACAGGUCCAAGAUUUCGUUUAUCGAAGGCCGAAUGGUAUCGCGUGUUACAAGUCGACACAAGGUUUUCUUGUAAUAAAAGAAAUCGGAAGAGACGGAGCUAAAGAAACGCUCUUGUUUUCGAGAGAGAGAGAGAGAGAGAGAGAGAGAUAAAAAGAGUGUCGAAGUUGGCAUACCUCCAGAUCGUUGUUUCUCUCUGCACACGACAGAGAGAAAGGGAAGGAGAAGUUCGUCCAUGAUCCGGAAGCAGAGGAGGACGAAGAAAAUCGAUCGGAAUAAUAGAAAGAGAUUGAGCGGGAGGGAAAGGAGUAGUAGGAUUCGCGAAGCUACGAAUAGUCGUUUCGACGAGGGUACUCUGGGUCGAUGUUCGAGGUCACGAAUGAGAAGGAAGGAUGGAUGGAUGGAUAGAUGGAUGGAUAGACGAACGGAACGAGUGGAUGGAUAGGUCGAUCGGAGGAAACCCUACCUAGCAUCGUCUAUUUCCCGUUAACCGCGUGCUUGUAAAUCUUCGAGAGACGGCGUGGUAGACCGAGAUAAGGAGAUGAAGUGACUGAAUUAUGACGAGAGAUAGAAUAACAACGAUGGAAAGGUUUCGAUCGGAUGCACGGUUCUAACCUGAUUUUUCCAAUUCGAUAUUGCAACGAGGGAACUGAAAUUUCACUCGCUCGUAGAGAUAAUCGAUAGCGUUCUUAAGACGGGCGCUUCUAUCAAUUUCUGCUUCUUCUUACCGUUUGUUCGUCGGCUAAUAAAGACUAACGCGUUAACGACUGAACGUUAUGUAAGAUUCUAUUAACUGGAUUGAGAGUGUUCAGAGAUAACUUGAGAAAAAUCAAAGGAUAAGGAGGAACGAAAGAUAAAAUUUAGGACGGUGGGAGACGACGUUAUCGAGUGUUUGCGAGCGGUGCGAAAGUCGAGACGAGCAAUGGCGCGCGGAAUCGGAUACGAAAUCGCUCGAUCGAUCCCUCCUCUUCCCGACGAUGGCAAUGCGAUGAAGCGACGGAUGGUGUGUGUGUGUGUGUGUGUGUGUGUGUGUGUGAGAGAGAGAGAGAGAGAGAGGGACCAGGAGACGAGGAAAUAGAGAAAAAGAGAAAAGGAGAGAAGGAGAAGAGCGGGGCCUUCUUUUAUAAACGCAGGCACUCGACGCGCGAGGAAUGUGCUUGGCUGGCUCGAAUAGGUGUGUAGGUACUACGAAGGCCGCCGCGGCGCUUCGCUCGGCACGAUCGUGAAAGUGCAUCGUCACAAGGUGCCGGUGCAUAAUGGCCGUGCAGCUUAUUCCACUGUAAGCGCGCAUCGAUGACUACUGCCGGCCGCGAAAAAUACUUUUUAUCCGAUGUGCCAGCCGCACGUUUCGAUACCUUUGACGGGGACCGAUGACGUGAAAAACGUCGAGAAUUUUCUAUUCGCUAAGUAACGAUAACGAGCGUCGAACUUACGCAAUUGUUAUCAAGGAUUUUGCUUUAAGAUUUGUAUGGUAAUAAACUUGUCAAAUAAAAGGCAUCUAAUACGGGAAAAUAAACGAACGUUAAAAAAGAGCAUUUUAUUUUUUGACAUCUCCUUUGAAAUAGGAUCGGCUUUUUUAUUUGCACCUAUGAGAGAGAUUAUGAAAACAUUCUUGUAUCGCAACGCGUGAUAUUUAGAAACGCGAAACGUCGCGCGAGACCACUCGCGUACCGAGCAGAAAUAUUAUUCGAUAGUCAUUUCUACGCGUGCUAUUAAAAGCGUAAACAUUCCUACAUUCGAUCCAUCUCGAAAAUCCAUGUCCAAAGAGCCCGAUGGCCUUUAAAAGCGAUUCUCCUAAUCGAAUAUUAUCAAUCAUGAUCGUUUACGUGGAAGAAAUAUUUGCCUGUGGAAGAUAUUAAUAAACCAUAUCGAUAAUCUAAUCUCUUAUUUCGGUGGCUCAUUCAUGAAAUAGUUUUCGUUACUAUUACACGAGACAUCGUCGAAUUGCUUCUUAAAAACGGACGAUAACCGCCUAUCGUUGAUGUUUUCGUCAUCCACUGACGCGUUUUAUUUUUCUCUACGUGCAUCAUCGUUGCUGACGUUUCUUCUAAAAAUUUAUUUAGGUCAACGUCCAUUCACGAUUCUCUCUCGGCGACGCCAAGGUCGAAUCUAUCUGCAAAUACACGUUCUUUCUCUUUUUUACUCGCAUUAGCGAGAAAGAGAGAAAGAUUUUCAAGUUUUGAUCGUUCGCCUCGUUGAAAUCUCGAGUCAGCUCAAAAGCCGAUCGCGUUUCAUUCCUUGGAAUUCUCGCACGUUGGUGUCGUGAGAUAAGGCCGUUCGGCCGUGAUCUUUGAGCGACGGAACGCGAUCUUGCAUGCGAGGAGGUGAAGGGACAGGGAAGAAAAAAGAAACGGCUCGAGGGGAAAGAAGGGGCGCGGCUGUUGAAGGGUUUCUGUGAACAUGCUCGCGCUCGACGAUCGUUCGACGUUUUAUUAUAACCUGUACAUACGCACAGCAAGAGACCGCUUGAAUUGGCUCGUCGUCGAACUUGCAUCGAGAUGCUAAAAUUUCCACGUACCACCGGGGAGGAUCGAAGAAUCGCGGCGAGUAUCGAAAGGAGACGACAAAUAGAAGAAGAAAGAAAAAAACGUAUCUUUAAUCCUCGCUUCAGAAAUAUCGGAAUCGACAAGGAAUUCUUGGAUCGACAAGUGGAGGAAAAGAGACAGCAACGCGAGGAAGAACGCGCUAAGGAAUGCCAGCUAGACGAGAGUCUUGUACGCAGCAGCAAGAUAGCUUUGCAAUUGGAAAAGGAACAAGCAGAGGAAAAACGACGAAUAAACGAAGAGAUCGAAGCGUUUCGUCGACUCCAUCAGAGACGCGAGGACCGUCGGGAUUACGAUCUUUACGAUCCGGAUGCUCUGAAGACGUCGCUACCUUGUCGAGUCAGUGACGAUGAUCCACGUUUGGGACUGGCCUCGGCCCAAAAAUUCGAAGGCGAGGAUUACAACUUUCGAGAACAAGAUCGAAUGAAGAAAGAGGAAAUGCGUUGGUGGGUCGAGAAGCAAAGGAAGGAACGCGAGAUGGCGGAAAAGGAACGAAAGGAUGCCGAGAAAGCGUACCAGGAAGCCGUUGUCUCGAGGGACAAACGUGCCGUCGAGUUGGAAAAGUUGGAGCGAGAAUGUCGUCGAAGGUUGACCGAGGCCAACGCGAGUUUCAACAGGGCAAUGGCGGAGGAGCAAGAACACCGACGACUUUGCGAAGCCGCUCAAGACGAGGAGGACAAGAAGGCGGAAAUCUACAAUCACGUGACCGGAGAUUUCCUGACGGAAGCCCCCGAGCAAGCGGAGAGCAACCGUGGACCGAAGAAACCGCUCGCAUCGCGUUACAAGGGCAUGACGGCCGAUCAACUCAAGGUCUUCAGAGAUGAGCAAGCACGACAAAUGGAGGAAAUCCAGAAAAUGAAAUUGGAUGAGAAACGAAUAAAUGUGGAAUGGGACCGACUGAUGAACGCGCACGCUCAAACUGCCGAGGCUUAUCAACGUGAGCUCGAUCGAAAGAAGACGGAACUCAAUAAGAAGAUCGCGGAGGAAAACUUGAGGCUCGCCGAGCAACAAAAGUCUUAUCAGGAGUAUUUGAAUCGCGUCGUAUAUAAGAACAAACCAUCCCUUGAAUAUUUCUUGCAGUUCAACAAGGGAACGCGUUAAAUGAAUUAUUUCCCUCCUGGAAUAUGAAUUUGAUUAUUCUAUGAUUUUUAUCAUUACCUCAUUAUCCAUUCCGUUUUUAAUCGACUAAAUACAUAUCUCGUCUCGUAUUUCUCUCCAUUCGAAUGUAUCUUAUUAAAUCCAUAACUUUAUGAUAAAAUAAAUUCGAAGAAGGAGCAAACCCGUUAUUUUACGGAAUUCUUUCGAGGCGCCUUCUUAAAAAAAAAAAAAAAAAGGAAUUCGCAUUUCAUCUCUUUCGUUAUCUAUGUUUGUUUUCUAUCUGUUUGAAGAAAUUUGCGUCACAUAUAUGAUUACCACGAGAUUCUAUUAACUCAUGCAUACGCUUUGUUACGCCGUCAGUUUCAGGUUAACGAACAACCAAGUACGCACACACUUGGAGGGAAAUUAACGAUAAUGAGGUUUCGUAAAAAAGUCAAGUUAUUCGCAAAUAUGCUUGGUAAAGCACUUGAUAGAUUUUUCGCUUAAACAGAUGCAUGUACCACCGGGACGGGUUUUGUUAUGGCAAAUUGUUAUGCGAGAGUAUUGUGACAUAAUCCGGCGGCAUAUAUAUAUAUAUAUAUAUAUAUAUAAGAUAUUCACGUUAUGCUGCACGCGGUUAUAAAUGCGUUACGUAGUCGCAAUGGACACGCGCGCGCGCGCACAUGCCUGCCUAUAAGGUACAUACAAUAUACAACCGGUGUCUGUUCGCGCGAAAUGCAGUACGAACUAAAAUGUUUGUGAGUAAACUCGAGCGAUAUAAUUGAUGGCAAUUGAACAAUUCGAAGAGAAACGCUAUCCUUAUCUACUUCCUAUAUUAUCGUCGCUUAUUAGCGACGCAUAAGCGUUAUCUCUUUCAACGAGUCGUAUUCAACAAAUUGUUUGUCCGGCUCGUGUCAUUUGCAUUUGCGAGAUAUUAAAUCAAAAGGAAAAGAUAGGAAAAAUUUCGAUGAUAAAGAAGAAAGAAAUGUAUCAUAUAGAUGUGCACAAAUGUG